AUGACGUCUCCCUUUGCUAGUAGUGGGGAGCCCGUUCACGUCUCUUCCAAUUCCAGUGGUUCCACAGUCAUCGCAACUCAUCCCCCUAUUAUAGACGGUGACCUUAGCAAUGAGCUUAACCAGCAGGGUCCCAUCUUCAACUACUCCAUCAACAACAACCAGUCUAUCCACAUCAUUCCCCUGCUUGACGACUUGCUUGACGACUCUAAGUCCAAAGACAAUUACUACACCAAGCAGAACUUUAUAGAAUUUUUAUCCAACAUACAUUGUGUGGAAAACUUAGAAUUUGUCAUGGAAGUCAACGAGUUGAUCCGCCAUCUUGGGUCGGAUCUUGCCUUGGUCAAGUGGCAGUCGAUGUACGAAAACUUCAUCUCCAUCAAUAGCAUUAGCGAAAUCAACUUGCCUUGCAUGUUUAGACAGCAGUUCAACUAUAACGAUAUACCCUCGCAUCACUUGCUUGCUAAAUGCAAAAGGAUUAUCUACGACGAUAUUCUCAUCAACUUGUAUAACGAGUUCAUCAAGGCUACCAAGAGUAGAAUGGACAACGAGUUGAAGAACUCCAACAUUGUGUACAGAAGAAAGUCCGAGAUCAUUUCACCUGAAUCUUCGGCUGUUAUAGACUACAGCUCCAACAGUUCACCUGUGAGCAACGCUACUAUCAAGAAGGCUAGACUGCCCUCUUAUUUGGAUCCUGCUUUCUACCCAGACUUGUUUGCCAGAAACUGCAAUACAGAUACUACGUACAUGAUUUUGGACGAAUCUAUAAUUAACGGUGACGACGAAGACGACGAAGACGACGAAGACAUGGAGGGAAAUAGCAGGGCUACUUUCUCGCAUGAUUCAACUAGAAAUAACAGUUCGUCGUCGCAAACUUCCAACAGCCGUGGUUCGUCUAUUGGCUCCAUCAUGGACUCGUUCAAGAACGUAGACUACAUCAAGUUUGCAAAGGUCAAGAAGUUCAAGUUCAGACGUGCCAGCAACGACGAAUAG